AUGAGUCAUUUUGCUAAGAGGAACAGCUGUUGCCAUAAUAUAAAGGACAAUGUGCCAAAUGACAGGAUGGCCUCCACCAAUGUGGCCAUAGGACUGAUGUUCUUAUUACAGGUUGUUGUUGGAAUUCUGGGAAAUUUCUCUCUGCUUUAUUUCCAUUUAGUGCUUUCCUACAAAGAGUGCAAGUUGAGAUCCACAGAUUUGAUUCUCAGGCAUCUGAUGAUAGCCAACUCUUUGAUCAUUCUCAGUAGAGGAAUUCCCCAGACAAUGUCAGCUUUGGGGUUGAAAUAUUUCUUCAAUGACCUUGGAUGCAAACUUAUUUUGUACAUUCAGCGAGUGGGCAGGAGUGUGUCCAUAGGCAUCACCUGCCUCUUGAGCAUCUUCUGGAACAUCACAAUCAGCCCCAUGAACUCUUGUUGGAAUAAUCUCAAAGGAAAAGCUCCAAAGUACAUUGGAUUCUCCAUUUCCAUUUGCUGGAUGCUGUACAUGGUGGUGAACUCCAUUUUUCCUCUUUAUAUGCUUAGCAAAUGGAGUAGUGAAAACACAACAGAGAAAAAGGAUUAUGGGUACUGUACUUCUGCAGGGCGUGACAAAUUAACAAUCUUGUUAUAUGCAUCAUUGUGUGUAUGUCCUGAAGUUGUCUUUUCUGUGCUCAUAAUCUGGUCCAGUGGCUCCAUGGUUCUCAUUCUGCACAGGCACAAGCAGCAGGUUCAGCACAUUCACAGCAUCAAAGUUUGCCCCAGAUCCUGCCCUGAGUCCAUUGCCACCCAGAGAAUCCUUGUCCUGGUGGGAAGCUUUGUGACUUUCCACACUCUCUCCUCCCUAUUAAAUCUUCAUAUUGGUCAAUUUCCCUUCCCCAAAGGGUGGUUGGUGAACACCAAUGACCUAAUUGCAGUGUGUUUUCCCACCCUCAGCCCCUUUAUUCUCAUGAGUCGUGAGUUCACUCUAGCCACUUUAUCCAGGCUCUCCUUUGUUUGUUUAAAUAAUACAAAGUCUUGCUGGGUGUUGUGGCACAGGCAUGAAAUCUCAGCACUCAGGAAGCCGAAAAGGAGCAUUCCAUGUUUGAGUUCAGCCUCAACAAGUAUGUAA